CGCUCCCACGCGGAGUGUGGUGCCACCGCGCGGCCGUGACAUCACACGCGGGUCGGGGCGCGAUUGGCCAUCAGGCAUGUGGCGCGCUCUAGCCUGGGCUCCAGCGGUUGGGCUCCCGGCGCCUGGGGGCGUGGCCUGGGGUUGGGGGCGGGCUCAAGAGCGAGUCUUGAGAGCGGCGGGUGCGGCAGAGCCUGAGACUUCUGGAAGCCGGCGGCGGAGUAUUCUAGGACAGAUUAGACAUACUGUAACAAUGCCUGAAAUAAAUACCGACAAACUUGAUAAGCAACAGGUUCAACUCCUGGCAGAGAUGUGUAUUCUUAUUGAUGAAAAUGACAAUAAAAUUGGGGCUGAAACCAAAAAGAAUUGUCACCUGAAUGAAAACAUUGAGAAAGGAUUAUUACAUCGAGCUUUUAGUGUUUUCUUAUUCAACACUGAAAAUAAACUCUUGCUACAACAGAGAUCAGAUGCUAAAAUUACCUUUCCAGGUUGUUUUACCAAUACGUGUUGUAGCCAUCCAUUAAAUAAUCCAGGAGAACUUGAAGAAGAUAAUGCAAUUGGAGUAAGAAGGGCAGCUCAGAGGCGCCUGAAGGCUGAACUAGGAAUUCCCAUGGGAGAGGUUCCUCCUGAAGAAAUGAAUUACCUCACUCGAAUUCACUACAAGGCUCAAUCUGAUGGUAUCUGGGGAGAACAUGAGAUUGAUUACAUCUUGUUUAUGAAGAAGAAUGUGACGUUGAGUCCAGAUCCAAACGAGAUUAAAAGCUAUUGUUAUGUAUCCAAGGAAGAACUUAAAGAACUUUUGAAAAAGGCAGCCAAUGGUGAAAUUAAGAUAACUCCGUGGUUUCAGAUUAUUGCAGAGACUUUUCUCUUUAAAUGGUGGGAUAACUUAAAUCAUUUGAAUCAGUUUGUGGAUCACAAGAAAAUACAUAGAAUGUAAAUACAUCAAAGUGAAUGUGGAAAUGAGUACUGAAAAGUUUCUCUAUUUAGUAAACUUAAAAUGAUUUUUUAAAAAUUUGGCUCCACAUUAGGAGAACUCUCAUUUGAAACAUUUAUACUUUACAACCAGAAAUUGUGUGGAAAACACAAACAACUUCUUAAUUUUGUAUUACACUCCCCACAUAGGACCACUGUAAUUUGUAAAAAACAUUUAUGAGCAGUUAUUGUAAAAAGAAAGAACCAAUAAUCUUGUCUGAAUAUAUGGUCAUGAUAAAUUUGAACAAAUAAACGAAGUUCAUUUGUAAUG